AUGGAUCUUCAAGAUUUCCUCCUUCGUGCUCGAGUCUUGAUGCUUUACAGGCAAGCAUUGAGAAUUACUGGCCGAGCCCCUUCUUCUGCUAAAGCUGAACUGAGGCAGACAAUUAGACAAGAGACGGAAAAUAAUAGAAACUGCAAUGACAGGCAAAGGAUCCGUUUCUUGAUUAGUGAGGGAUUGGAUAAACUAAAAUGACUGGAUGAAAUGCUUGAUAUGCAAGGUUAUCGUUGAUGGAGUGAAUAUGUAUCGGUAUGUAAUAAAAUAUGUUCCCCUUGUUAGAAGAGUAG